UCGAGAAAGAUUCUUUUGCUUACCCGCAACGCACACGCUUUGAACUAUUCCAGGGAAUAUCAUCAAUUGUUAAUUGUUUAGAGGGCAGUAAGAAGUAUCACAAAUCAUUUUUUUGCUUACAGGAAAUGACCACUGCCCCUUCCCUUUAGUAACCGCUUGAGGUUUAUACGCACACCAACCAGUUAAAGCUUUGGUAGCACUGUACUGAAUUUACACUAUCAAAUUGCAUCAAAAGGGUAUCAUUUUGCAAUUUAUUUUACGCAUCUGUCCGAACUUUACUUGACAGGGCAAUAUGACUUCGCUGACUCGUAAUACAUCAAAAGUCUGAAAAAUGCCGAUAAAUUUAAUGGCGUACGAACGAGCGUUCCCCAACGGCUGCUUAUAUAAAUUAAGAUAAAACGUCUUCAAUUGCCUGGUUUGGUGACAAUAAUAUGGUACUGUUUUAGCCGUCUCAGGUAAUUGAAUGAUUACGACUUAUCCUAUUGUUGUAAUCACGAUCAUAAGCUUGUUAGAAACAACAUUGGAGAUUGAUGAUAUGAGAGCUUGGAUUUUACCUGUAGUGUCACGCAAACUUGCGUAUGCUCAAGAGCACAGCAAGAAUGGAAUAAUCAAUUUGGGAUUUUCAACGUUUCUUGACCUACCCAACCAGAGCGUGAAAACAACAGUUAUCCGCCCGGAAUUCGGUUCCGCCGUUUCACUAUCAUGUACCUUACAUUAUCCUGAACGCAGUGAAGAAAACAGCAGCUACAAAAACCCAGUAUGGGUACUAUGGGACCAUUCUGUCUUGGGCAACCUCAAUACGAAAUUUUCGUUUGAUUGCGCUUUUCCAAAAUGUUAUGAGUGUCAUUGUAAACGCGCUGCUGAACUUGGACCGAAGUCCUGGAAUUUCAACACUGUAGAACUAAACUCAGUCUCGAAACCGAACCGGUUGGUGUCAACUGUUUACAUACCAGAAGCCGUACAGUUCUUCGCUGGCAUGUACUCUUGCACGGAAAAUACCCCUAACAACGUGUCAUUUCUCGCUACAAGAAUUCUGAUGAGCCCUCGUUAUCAACCAACCGAUGUUUUUAGUCCUCCAAUGCAGAAUGUCAAUAAGCCCAAAGGUCAGACAGCUCAGUUCCGGUGUUACACUAAAUUCGAAUUUCUUCAAGGAACGAACAAAGAUUAUAGCAACCGGUUUAUCUGGUACCAUGAAAAGGGUAUCCUCUAUGCUCCAAAGACUCAUCCAUUUCACAUCCUUCAGAUUGACGCUGCCACUCUUGGCAGUAAUAACCACGUUCAAGGCAUUUUAUCGGAAAACGGAACCUGCUCGUGCUAUUCAACGCUGGUCAUUCACAACACUUCACCAGCUUCGGCAGGGCGUAUUGAAUGCUGGUUUCAGAUUGACCCAUUUUUGGAUGAGUGGCUGAAGCAGUCCGCUUAUCUUGUUGUCCAGAACAAUUACUGAUAUCCUUUUUAUAUCGGUACAAGGUCGGACGCUUGGACAUCAAAAGCACCACCAAAGCUUUCCGUGAAACUAUGAGUAUUUAUUUUCACGCGGAACUAUCUUCUGACGAAGAUGACUGAUUUUCAGAGCAUGGAGGUCUGUCUUCGCUAAUUUCGCUUGAAAUUUUAGCGAUCGGACUUCUCGUAAUAAUUUCCUGACCGUUUAAUGGAAAGCCUGUUUUCUUUGAGAUCUCACAACCUGAUGAAGAGUCACUGACUAUUCUUGCAGCCACUUCAGGGUGUUCCAGCAGAAGAUUCGGAUCCGGACCGGCAGACAUCGAGCCUUGCAGUAUUCGCAUCUGGGCGCGAAAGCUUUCAAUAUCGUCGGCCAUAUUUAACCGUUUUAUCUGGUUGUAAGCUUGAGUAUACAGUUUCAAAGCUUUUGCGUGGAAUCCUAAUUCAAUCUGCAGGAAAUUCAUCAACAGCUGCCGCA